CCUUGCUUUUCCUUACUUGUCCUCUCUUCCCCGACCACCUAGCCUGUCGGACAUCCCCAAGGAGCACCCCAUCUUUUCAACUGACAACCUAUUCUUCUUCCUCACAGACGCAUAAUUACCCUCCAUUUGAUCUAAUUACCCUUUGAAUUAACCCUUACCCCUUCUACCAAUCCCUAUUCUACCCCAUUUACUCUCCCUCUUUCUACCUCUUUCACUAACAUACUAUCUUAUAAUACCAUGAUGGUUGACAUUUUCUUCUAAGGAAGAACCCCUUUGAAACCCUUUCACCACAAUAAUUUACCAUAGUGCUGUACGACCUUUGAUGUCUGGCACAUAUAUUUGUUUAAAACAUUAAUCAUUAACCAUGUAUGGGCAAAGCAUGUAUGGCAUCCGCCUUCAAGCUGCAGUAGUAGUGAUAAGGAAGGGUGUACCACGUUCCGUUGUAAUAACUCAUAUUUAAGGAUAGAUCUGUUUUAUGUGAAGAAAAUGUUUCAUUAAAAAAAUAUGAUUUUGUGGGAUACGAUAGCCUAAAGAUAAGAUACAAUCUUGCCGUUCGGCUCAGGGUAAAAACGACUUCGUCAGUGAAUUCAGUGACGUUGAACCGCGUUCAAGACCACUGAACGAAAGAAGAGGAACACGGAAACAAAUUCAACGAUAGAAGACUUAUCUUCAAGGCCUGAAAUAAACAAUAUCGCAAGAUUUCUCUGAAUCCUGUAAAAUGGCAAGCAAGAUGCAGACAUCAAAGCCUGAGGAGUGCGACAUUUGCCUGGAAAUGUUUAAUUGCAGUGAUAAAAGGCCUCGGGUCUUCCCCUGUGGCCACACCUUUUGUUCACACUGCAUCGAGAACCUUCUCCAAAACGACUCAGUGAUCUGUCCAAAUUGCCGCGCCCAACACCGUGCCUCGAACGUCGACAACUUCCCGGUUGUGUUUAUCUUGGAAGAGUUCAUCAAGAAACGUAAUCCCAGAAAUGAAAGACUAGCUGCUGGACAACCUCCUUGGAAGAGAUUAGGAAAGAAAAUUGCUGAAGUGAGGGAAGAACAAGAGGCGUCCUUUCGCAACUUUAGAAUCGGUUACAAGGCCAAGUAUUCUCAACUAGACGAUUACGCCACUAGCCUUUUUGUUUGGGAGUGCCAACAUCGGGAACUCAAUGCCGAACUUCGUGACGUGAUCGAGAAGCAGGAGAUUAUAAAAUUAAAGCUGGAAGAAGAGAAAAGAUUGGUAAAAGAACUUCAGCACGAAGGACGGGAACAACAAAGACAGCUGGACGCGGCAGGAGAAUUAAUUGAUACAGCCAGGACAAUGCAGGAACUGAUAACUGUCGUGGACGAGGCCGAGCAAGCGCGAGCUGUUUCCGAAAACUGGAUUCAGCGAUGCAACGAAAUGUUUCCCAAUGUCAGCGCCAUCCAGAAGUCUGUCGAAGCGCGCGCAGCCAUCAAGGAAGCCUUGGAUGUAAUCAGAAGAGGCAUGGCCUGCGAAGUGACCCCUUAUCGUAACGCUGCCUUGGCCAGUGGUAAUGGCGCCAGUGCCCACAAAGCCAUGGCAGAUCAUUCACUGUCUAUUCCUGAGAAGGUUAAAUGCAUAAUAAGUAAUCUUUCAUCGAAGCUAACAGUUGACCGCGUCCUGCAGAAAGACGGCCCCGCGAAGGCCUUCCUGGACGCUGGUGAAGCAUUCGCGGUGCAAAAGCACCGCUCUGUCAGGAUAAGCCGGAUCAACAACGAGGUCUACGUCCACCACCUGAAAGACGUGCGUCCUCCGGCCAGCGCCCACACAAUCCCGUUCCAAGAAAUGGCGACCUCCUUUGACUUGUCCUCCACUCUAGCCUUCCUGGAGCUAGUAUGGCAAGACUCACCGCCACGUCGAGUGCAAAUACGACUCUGCCGUUACAACUGGCUGGCGAAGCAGUUCCUUAUGAUGUGCACGGGGGAGAAGGGUCCCUCCUACGCCAAUACAGGAAUGAUUAGUGAUGGUUAUAGGGGCUAUAGUCAGGAGUGUAUACAAGGAGGAAAUUACGACGGGAGAAAGGGAAAGGUGAUCAUAUCACCAGAUGAUAAUCCCAUACCGAAAGUGCCAGAACGCGCUGGGAUUGUGAAGCAGCAUGGCCACGGAAACAGUACGCAAUUUUCCAUCGUUAUAGGAGCUGGUCGAGCUAAUACUGAAGUUGAUAAGGUUUUUGGCUAUGUCGAAAAUGGCUUGGAAGUGCUCAUGUCCGCAGCGAAAGCUCAGUAUGAAAAGAAAGCGAGUGUGGUCAUUGUUGAUUGCGGUGCGGUGAUACCUCUUUGAUCAUUUAUGAAAUCGUUUGAUUAUAAGUGCAGUUUUGUCAGGGAAUCCCCUUUAUAAUUAGUUAUAUAAGUACAGAGAUUGACGAAGGUAUCGAGAGACAGGAAGGCUAUACUUAUAAAUAAAGUCAUCUCUAUCUUCAUGCAAUAUUUAUAAGAAUCAGAAUGAGUGACUUACCAUGGAAGGCGAAUGACCUUCCUAGUGUUCGUUUGAGGACUGCGGCGUUACACUAGCAGUGCGACUCACGGAAUACUAAAUGUGCUUUAGGCUAAGGUCUAUAUAGACCUUGGUGUAGCCAAUACUGUUGCGGGAGGUAGUACGCCAGAGAGUUGCAAAUUUUAAUUUCAAUUUCAAUUUCAGUGUUUAGGGAAGUGUUUUUAUUAGUUUUAACAGUGUUAUGCGUUAUGAUAUUAGACUCGGACCCGCGAAUUGCAAAAUUGAAGAUCUUCCUCGUGCACAAUCUGUCUGAAUGACAUAAAAGAAAAAAUGUAGAAAAAAAAGCUGUUGUCCCAUUGCGGAACCCAACUUACCAGCCUAAAACAUGAGAAAAUUUAUGAGGCCAAACAACCUGCAGUACAAGGUCCCUCAAACCUUGCCAGCUCCAGCCUCUGCUUCAAUGCCUGCCUCCGUUUCAGUUCCUGCUCUAGCAACAGCUUCAGUUCCUACCACACGGACAAGUAAAGGCCUGCUACAGAUGAUGAAUAGGGUGCAGCAUCAGCAUUUUGAACAAAAGAGCAGUUUACCUCAUUACAACCUAUGGUAAAAUUUGAGAAUAAUCAGCAACUUAUGUCCCUUAAAGACGUUAAGUAAACUAGUAAGAUUAGCAGUUAAAAGAAAUGCUGGUCAUAUUUAAUUAUUAGUAGCAUAGAUGUGAUUCUGUAUGACUUAAGGCUAUAACUAAACUCACGUGAAAUUGUGGUGCAGUGCAGUUUUAUAUGCAUGUACGCUUAAUGUGCAACUAUGGCCAUUUUAAUUAGGCCAAUAGGAGAUAAGUCAGACUGGGUUUACAUGGACAACUUUCCCAGGCUUUUUGCAAUGUAUAUAAAUUGUUCUGUUAAUAAAUAUUAUAAUCCUUA